AUGGAACGGAUAAUUCAAGCAACAAUCAAUGCAUUAGGUUUUCUGGAAGAUGAUGUUUACUUUCCGGAACCGGAUUGCUUUGAAAGUAUACGUGAUUUGAUACGAUUCUUACGGAAUGAUACGAUUACGGCAGUGGCUCGACGUGUUUGCGGUGAAAGGAAUAUUGUACGAUACGAUUUAAUUCCAAUUAUGAAAUCACCAAAUACACCUGACAAAUUAUUCGAUAUUGCUUUGAGGCUUACAAUAAAUUUAUGUCAACCAGUUUCAUUAAUGUUUGCUGGACGACAUCCAGAAGAUAAAGAGGCUUGGCUGAUCUAUCAAGAAAUCGAGCAAAAUCUCAGGAAUUCAAAAGAAGCCUUCGGUGAUAUUCAACUGUUUAAAACCUUUGAAAGAAAAGCUGCGACCUACUUUGCUCAAGAUUGGUUAGAGAGAAAUGAAGAAAUGAAGCUUUUGGUCGAAAGGAUCUUUGCUUUAUCUCGCUAUGUUCUUGCUAUUGGUGAUACCGAUUUGGAUAAGGAGCGUGUUCCACAAGAUAUGAACAGUCAUGAUCAAUUAGUUCUAGCCAUUCUGGAAAGUGGUUUUGGAAAACUGCUUGUUGAAAUAUCUGAAAAUUCAGCGGAACGUGAUUUUCACUUGUGGAUUUUGGAAAUUUUUGCAAUGCUGUUGAAGCAACACGAAGCAAAGGAUGUUGUGGCAGCUGGAAGUAUUCGCACUGCUGAAGAAAGAAAGAGACAAGAGAAUGAGAUGCGAAAAGUUGUUGAACAAGAAACUGAGAAACAAUUAAAUAAACGUAGAUGUAUUUCAAGCAGGCAUACUGCUUUUGCUGGUUCUUACAUUUUGAAAGGAUUGAAAGCCAUUAAUAAGGAUAACGAUAUGAUUGUCAACAAAGUGAUAAAAAACUGCAAUGAUAUCGGUCACUUAAAUAAGCGGAAGAUUCAGCAUCGAGCUCCUAAAAGUCGGCGACCAUUUGACAUUGAAACUAACAAACAUAUUUCAGCUCUCAACGUGCGUAUAGUUUUACGAUCCUUUUGCAUAGAAAUGCUGCAAAAAUCGUACUGUCGAUUGAUAUGUGGAUGCAAAGAUGGCGCCUUUUCUGGAAAACGAACUUUGGGACAAGAUAAAGCUGAUAUACAUUAUUUUAUUUUAAUGCAGUUUUCGUUGGAAUUCUGUCGUUUGGCUGAUUUAUCGCCAGAAUAUAUAAAGGCUUCACUCAGCAUAGAGGCAUUUCAUCAUGUUCAAACUCAAUUGGACGAUUAUCUGGAAAAGGUAAGAAUUGAGCGAAAAGAAGGCCGUCUUCACGGUUUACGUGCACAAUACGCCUUAGCUGCUUACAAAGAAUUGUUGCUUAUGUUAAUAUCAGUCCUGAAAUCUGGAAAUGAGGAAUGGAAACGGGAGGUAGGAUCAGCUUGUUUACAUAUAUUAAGAGUUGAAGAAUACAGAGAUUUGUCGAGUUGUGUUAUUCGUAAAUUUAUGCCAGGUGUAUUCUCGAAAACUUUUUUGCGAGAUGUUGUGCUUGCAAACCAUGCAUACAUUAGUUUGAUUGAGAAGUUUUCCAAGAAAGGAAUGUUAUCGACGGUAGUUAAACGUCAAAAAAUGCGGCGACGAAAGUCAAAAAAGAAAGAAAAGCUAGAUGAUAGCAUUGUGAAUGAAUCAAAAGAACCAGACUGGAAUUUGUGGGAUGACAUUUCUGAAGAAUUAUCGGAUGUUAUAUUUGGUUAUAUUGAACCAACCGUUGAUAUUAGUGUUAUCGAUGUACUUUUGAAUGUGGAAGAUCGAAUUCAUCAGCAGUUUGCAAUGCUUAUGGUACAGCAAGCACUUCGACAACGACGUGUGGCUGAUGCUGUUGGCAUAUAUCGAUCAGCGCGUGAUUUGUGGCCCGUAAAUGAUGUAUUUGGAACAAAUGACAUAACACCCGAUGAUGAGUUCCUCGAAUUAUAUGCUAUAUACUUUGUGGAUCUUAAAGAAGUUGAAGCAAAUUGGAAGAAAUAUCGACUAGAAGCAUAUGGACCGGAGCUAGAUGAUGACACACGAAACGAUAUCCUGUUCAGUGACGAAUUUGAUGAAUUCGAUGAUGAAUAUGAGGAAAGAAGUGGUGAGUCAGGUGCUGAAACAAACAUAGUCGAGAAAGAAAUCGAUUUUCAUUUCGACAAUUAUGUCGCAAAAUUUGCACGAGUGGAUGUUCUAAAAUGGUAUAUCUUUCUCUUAGCGGAUUUCGAAUCUAAUACAUUCGAAGUAAAUAAGGCAGUCUUAAAGCUUUUACAUCGAGUAGCUUUUGAUUUGAAAAUGGCUUCACGUUUGUAUCAGCUUUCCCUUUUUGUAAUCUUCAAGCGACUUUCUCAACGUUUCAAACAUCAGUCUAUAAGUGAGAUCAAGAAAACUCAAUAUUUUGAAAUAUACCAAUUUGGUUAUCAUAUUUUACGACGAUUUUAUGCUGAUUAUCAAAAAAUUGGAUCUAAAUUGAUUCCUGAACUCUUAUUCUGGAAAGGUCCAAAAGAAUGUUAUGAAAUUGACAAUGGAUAUGGAACGUUCGAGAUUAAAUCAGAUGGUAGUAAAGGAAAAGAAAUAUUAUGGCCUGAAGAGUUGGAUAACGAAUUACGGGCUCUUUAUGACGAAUAUUUAUUAUUUGAGGAAAAGCCUGAAGGUGUUGAUAUUGUUGAAUACAUCGAGCAAGGUUUGUCAAGACCUCGGACACGUCGACAAAUUAUUCGACAAAUGAAAAUGCUUGGAUUAAACACAUUUGGUGCUAGAGGUACGAGAAGAUAUAUGGAGAGAGGAUUUAAGUCAUCAGUUUUUACACCAGAAAUUGUCAAUCAAAUGCAUAAUCUUAUCGACGAAUUUAAUUCAAAAACGCCUCCUUCUGGAUCAGAUUCGAAGGGAGAUUUGGUUAACUUUAUUCGUAGUAAUUUGACGGAAAAGUACACGAGAGCAAAAAUCAUCAAACAACUACAAUAUGAGAAUAUACACUACGAACAACCACCAAGAAAGAGGUAUUCGAAAAUACCGCAAAAAUUAAUUGAACAAAGAGAAUCGGGUGAAGAAGAGAUUGAUCAGUUAUUGGAAGAUUCAAAUAUGCUGGGAUUUGGCCAUUCCCGUCAACGUAACGAUGAAUAUGGAAAAAGAGAACUAAAUAAAACAAACAAAUCUAUCACAUGUCUUUCACCAGAAGAUGAUCUUAAAUCCACUGAUGGUAUUAUCAGUUCAAAUAUUUUUGAACAUGCGAGUUCCAGAUCAAAUGGAAAUACGGAAGUUGAUGAAUUAUUAACGACUUGUGAAACGAACAGUGUCAUUACAAAUAACAGCGACGAUGAGAUCAUACUUGGGAAACGGGAACGACCGAUAGCUGUGUCCGAUGAGGAUGAUAAUACCACCUCAAAAAAGACGCGCACAAAGCGGAUUAUCGAGAGUGAUUCGGAAUAA